UUAUGGACACAAUUUUUGUUUAUUUGCAAUUUUUUUUUUGUCUUGAUUGAGUUUAGCAUGGUUUAAAAUUAUGUAUCCAUUCUUCACUCUAGAUACAUCGAAUUUGGCAGAGGCCAAACGCAGGUUCAAUGCAACGAAGAGUGAAUGGGGUUUCACCUCUUUCAUGCCUUUAGAUGAACUUCAUGAUCCUUGCAAAGGGUUUCUUGUGAAAGAUACUUGUAUUAUUGGUGCAGAGAUUUCUGUCACUAAGUCAAAACAAGAGAACAAAGUGAAUCAAGCUGUUUUAAGCCAAUCUGGACACAAGGAACUGGCAUUGUUCUCAGCUUUGAGCGGUGAUGAUGAGCUUGUGGAUUUCUUGGGUUUAUGCAAAAUAGAAAAAGCUUUUGUCCCACUACUAGUGGAAGUGUGUUCUAAGCAUUCGUCACUGAUUGAGUGCCAAAAGAAGAGAAGUCCUAGGUUUACUGAAUGGGCGUUCACGGCUUUGGGAAGAGUUCUGUAUUUCCUCAAGACUAGAAAGGUGAAAGAUAUGAAUGAAGCGGUUUGUAAGGAUCUUCAAAGUUUAUGGGAGGAGCUUGAGACAUUUAAGUUUGAUCUGAGUUGGCUGAAGCCCCAUAUUCAAUUUGCCUUAAGGAUGGAAAGUUAUGUGGAGAAAGUAGUGGGGGCGGAGAAGCUGAAGGAGAAUGUGGUGGUUUUGGAGAUGGAAAUGAAGGUGCUUGAAGUCAAGCUGGCAGUUGCUAAGGCGGAUCUUGAUAGAGUGUCGUAUGUCUUGGAAGAAGAAGGCUUCCAUGAGAUAGAUUUGGAUGUUGAAUUAGGAUAUGGAAUUGGGUGUUGAAUUAGGAUAUCAAAGACUAUACACAUUAUUUUUUUUCCGGUUGCACAUUUAUUUUAGGUUACAAGUACACAUGAUUUUUCAAUGGCUUGAAUGAUCUAUCUAUAAUUUUUUUAACAUGAA